AUGAAAGCAAAAGAUCAUUCACCGCCUAUAGAGGCUCCUGGAGUGGGGCGAGCGGAUGGCACAGACACGGGGACGCCUCUGGAGGCUUCUCAACUUGACGACCGCGUUGCUGAGGCGAGGGAGCAGCGACCGCCGUCAUCACUAGUGGAAAAGGAGUGUCCCGUGGUUGAUGAUUGGAAAACGGUGUACGGCAACGAUGGGAAAUGCCAGAAAUGGACAGCACUGUCUUGGAGCAUCUACGGGUCUUGCCUUUAUUGCAUUCGCUACCAAAAAAAAAAAAACUAUCGGCGUAUAAAAGAAAUAGUUUAG